CAUACAGCCCAGUGACCGAUUUUUUCCUGUUCACCCCGAUAAUUAGUCUUUAUCACUAUUUUCUGCAAUAUAUUUGCAAACAUUGUUGUUAGAGAAAAGGGUGUAUGCGAUUAUUUUCAGCGCGGCAUUUUUUUAAGUUUUGAUGUAGAAUUUGAAGUAAAAAAAAACAAAAACAAAAAACCCCUCAAUGCUAUAGAGAAAUAACAACAUAUCAGCGUUCUACUGUCAUCUGCAGGCGGAAGGGCGCAAGUACACGGAGAUCGGUUUAAAGCGUGCGAUCGCAAAAAAAAAAAAAACAUUACAAAAAAAACAACGCACAGGUCGGUGACGUCACAGUGCGUCAAAGCUCUUGAUGACGCGUUUUCCGAAGCUAUAAAAGCCGCGCUGCUGAACUUUAACAAUUAAGCUGUACGGAAAGAGAGAAGAGUGAGAAAAAUAGCCUCUCUGUAUAAGCAAAAAUGAUUCCGAGUAUUUUGAAUUCGGAAAUCCCUCUUCAUGAGAUAUACAAGUAUUUAUCGUCAGAAGGAAUUCACAGGGAAGAAGUGAAGACUGGUGUUUUGCUGUAUUUGUGUUCACCCGGAUUCUGGAGGUACCGAUGCAGUCAUUGCUGGAACAGAAGAGUUGCAUGUGUUAAUGCAGGAGGGGGUUACGUCUUGCAUGCUGCAGGCGACACGAUCGUGGCCGAGUGGUUGAUGGAUAAAGUGCAGCUGAGCGAUAUUGUAUGGCAGGCUGUAAAUUGUGCUCUCCAACUGAUAGAUGUGUGCAAAAACCAAAGGAAAGAACAUGGCAAGAUGGAGCCCAUCAGAAUAACAAUAUCAGCUGGGAGGUUUUCCAAAAUGAGACUAGGUGACGAAGACAGUCAGGUUUGCUUCAUCACUGGCUCGGUUGUGGACGAGAUACGGUCGGCCGAGGCACUGGCGAAACACGGCGACGUCCUUCUGUCUCCCGAAGCGCACCGUCUCUGCAACAAAGAAAAUCUUACCUUUAAACUUCUUGAAAAUGAGCAAGCUUUCAAGGUGCAGUACCUCAGGCAACAGCAAAGUGUCUCAAUAGCAGACCCAUGCCUGUGUAUACCUGACAAUAUUAAGACCACGACACGAAGAGUAUACUUGAUAACAAGCGUGGAGAAAAUGAAGAUCCUUAAUAAAUAUAUGCUGCAAACAUCCCUGGACAAGAUAAACGAAGCCUGGCAAAUGCGAGACCUGCCACAGCUAUGGCUUGCUACAAUCUUGUGUGUAAAUCUGCAAUACGGGUCCUCUGAGAUGGAUCAGUGUUACACUCGUCAAGAAACCCGGCAAAUUAUUACAAAGCAGGUGGCUGGAUGCCGUGGGGUAAUCUGCAACGACUUUUAUUUUAAAGAGGGCUGUGUAUACCUGUGCAUCAUUGGAUUACCUGGGGAUAGGAGCUCAGAUAAGACUAUCCGUGCACUGCAGGCUGCCUACAGGAUACAUGAGAUGUGCCUCCAAGUCAGAGGCAUUUUGAGCAUCUCUGUGGGCGUAACUACAGGAAGGGUUAUGUACGAUACAGAGCUGGCUACUUUCGGAAAUUACGCAGUGUACGGAGAGAGAGUGAAUCUGGCUGCAAAGUUGGCGAUGGACUAUCCGGGGAUUGUCUCAUGUGACGUGCCGACCAAACUUUACUCUAUGCUGCCUCUGUCACAGUUAAUGCCCCAAGGGAUCUACGAGUAUGAGGAAGUGCAUUAUCAGUGCGCCUUCAAUAAGAUGCUUGCUGUUGAUGCUGCAGCUUUAUCCAGCCAGAUGGAGAGAAGGCGAUUGGCUCUAGUUCAUAUCCAGACAAUGCGGAUAGAUGAGCGGCUGGUGGUGAAAUAUGCCUCUGCUAUUGGCCACACGUUCACAUAUGAGAUGCUGCAGAACAUCAUGUCUUUUAUAAGUGAACGGGAUCUUGCAGUCCCCCUGGAAGUACUGGUCAGAGAGGGCAUCUUUAAGUGUGCGUUUAAGCCUGACAACAGCUCAUCAGACAAGACCUGUUACUGCAAGGCGAACUACAAAGGGUACACGAUCGUCUCGAUGGAUCCCGUGUGGGACUGUCGGCUGAUGAGUUUCUGCGACGCAGAAGAAUUUCAAAUGGUGCGCGAGCUGACACAGACCGACCCGAAGACAUUCCAGGUGAUCCACAAGCGAUGUGCUAAGUACCUAGAGAGCAAACGCUACCGCUGCGGUAAAUGCAGAGCCAGAACGUUCAUAUUCGAACAGCGAGCGGCUACAGAGGACAACGUCGAGAACCUCCGCCAGAUCUACAACACGUUACGUCCUUUUGAGGCCUUUUGGAGCGAAGGUCUGAGAAUGAGAACUCAGAAGGAGCAAAAUGGUAACAACACGGAGAACUUCCAGACCAUAGUGAUGCUGGCCCAGACGAAAGUGCGUAAUGGCAGGACUGCAGACAGCUGCCAGUGUGCGCAGCUAGUGGAGACAGUGCUCAUUCCCAGACUGACACACUGGAAACUCGCAGGAGACAUUGGAAGGGCAUUUUACUACCUUUUAGAGUGUGCAGCUGCCUUUGUAUACCUUCAGAAUAAUGCAAGGGCACUGGAGUUUUUAAAUGAAGCUAGGUUCAUUCUGGAAAAUCUCGAACAAGUGAUGCCUGCAUUUCCAUCAGCUAAACCUGUACAGAUUGAUGAAUCUCAGCAAGUAUUUCUGUAUCGGCUUACAGGAGAGAUUCUGUUUAAAGAAGGGAAAUAUUCGGAGGCAGAGGAAAACUUUAUGAAAGUUCUGAAGAUCCUGAAGUGCAAAUUCCCUCACAAACUUUUGCCACGAUCCCUAAAGCUUGUACAAGAGAAGAUUAAGAAAGUCUCGUACCAGUCAAGAAUGUUCAAGAUCCCAGAGAAGGAAAAGCUAACCCAUAUGCAGGAAUGUAUAGUUUGCCUGUCUUACCUGUUCCAAAUCGACUGCAUCUCUGGCCAGUUCCAAAACGCAUCGCUGGCCGUCAUCAUGGAGAUUAACCUGGCCAUCCAGAGUGGCGAUCCGUUCAAGAUCCUCCACUCUGCUAUUGAUUACCUCCAGUACAAUCAGAUUACAGGAGAGACAAACAGGACCAGGCAUCUUGAAGACUUCCUGUGCAGGACUUGUACCAGCCUAUCAGGCCACCCUGACGGACAGAAGCUGCUCAGCUACUUGUCCCAAAAAACUUGCUCUCGGUUAGCUGUGUGCAGAGAACCCAUCACAGAAUUGGGGUCCAUAAAAGAAAGUUACAUAAAUAACCCAAAGUAUUCUACAAGCGAAAGCUUCCAGCUGAAGUGUUCAGAUACACUUGCUUAGUAAGCUGUCAGUGGGCUGUCGAUGUGUGUGCAUGCACGAGUUACAAAACCCCAGCCACAUUCGACUUGAUGUAAUACAUAAUCAGAGAUUUUCCCACAAUUAUAACAAAAUUCUGUUAUUGAUUCUGUUAUCACUCCAAUAAAAGUUACAAAAGUUA